AUGAGAUUUGCUGUCGGUGUAUCUCUUGAACAACAGCAACUUAAUCCUUGUAAUAACAACGAAUUAAGCGAUAUCGAUAACACUAAUCAUAAUUCUAGCAGCCAACCCGAAAACGUCACUAACACAAGUGACAACGAAGAAGACAACGAAUCGUUCAACUUUGAUAAUCAUCCGUUCGUUGUUAUUUCACAACAUUCCAAAAAGGUUCAUUGUAUAAUUGAUGAAGAAAAUAUGCCUUCGAUAGAAAAUGAAGGAAUUUGUCUUACCUCUGAAAAUUGGAUAACUCGUAGAGAUGAAACAGUUACGAGAAUCGAUCAAUUUAUACAACGUGAUAGAGUGAUAUUAAUUAGAGCCCCACCGUUCACUGGGAAAACUUCCUUAUGUAUCUUGUUAGAAGAAUAUUAUCGUAGAAAACGUGUUCCAGUCCUACAAAUAUGCUUUUUAGGUGUUGAGGAUAUGCCCUUUGAGGAAUUUUGGAUAAAUGAAACCGGAAAAAGCUGGAAAUAUUGGCUUAAUCCCAAACACGGUGAAAGGGUUAUCAUAUUAGAUGAAACUCAUCAUAUCUUUGACGGAGCCCAAUAUGAAACCUUUUGGCUAAGGAUAAAAUCGUUGUGCCGUCAAGCUUCACUUGGUAGAGAAACUAUAAAAGUCAUUGCUUUUUCUACGGGAGGUAGAUUGGCUACAUCCGCUCAAAGUCCAGUGGAUUUUCAACAGAAAUUUGGAUUCGGUUUAGUUCAUUGUACGCCAUCCGAAUUAAAGGAAUUGGUCGAGGCGUUUAAUAAAUAUAAUUCUAAAAAGAAGAUUCAUGUUAGUGAAAAAAUUGCUCAGCACAUUAUGGAAUUUACCGCUGGACAUUUGGGUCUAAUUCGUUGGAUAUUAAACGGAAUUGAUAAUUAUUUUUCUUAUCGCGGAACGAGUUACAAAAUUACUACCGAUCCCGAAAUAAUGUCAUAUUUUACGUCAUCGGAUUUCAUUGAACAUGUUAAAGCUCAUCGUGGCGCUCCGCUUUACAAAUUUAAUACUGCGGAAGGAGAAGUUAUAGAUAAACUUCUACUUAAGGAUGAGUUACGUAUUCAUUCGACUGGUCCGGAUGAAGCCGUAACUGCAUUACUUAAAGCCGGAGUAUUAUUUUAUAUUGAUGACAAAGGUCCUGAAUUUAUUUUGAGAGAAGGUCGAGUUGGGUUCGUUUCUCCUGUAGCUCGAUUACUUUCAUUCUUUCAUCGUUGUGUGUCUUUUAAGCAACCGCUUCAAGAUGGUUUCACUUUACAAGAACUCGUUCGUGAAGCAUUAUCAAGGGUCAAUUCUAAAGCUUUAACUCAUAACCUAGGACGAUCAAAAGAUGGGAUGAGACUUCUUGAACGUGUUUGGCAAAUGGAAUUCUAUAGAGCCAUCUAUAGUUGUUUGCCUGAUGAAAUGCAUAUAUCACCUGAUGUAGGAAGAAUCUUUGCGACAGAUGGUGUAGUUGACUUUUAUAUAUCUGAACCUCAAUGGGCAAUUGAACUUUUGAUCGAUGGAAUUGACAUGAAAAGACAUCAUGAGCGUUUUCAAGAUGGAGGACGAUAUUCUUCAAUUCCUAUAAAGGAUUAUAUCAUUCUUGAUAUCCGUGAAACACGAACGGUAAUAAAAUCGUACCCUAAUACCUGGCAUAUUACCCCAAACACUGACUUUACAAGUUUUAGUAUAAUAGAAGGCAGCACAAGUUUUGAUGUAUCGGUAAGAAAAGUAAUUAAUCGAUCUAAUAUGAAAAUAUCUACACAAGAAUGUGAAGCAUUAGAAUUUGAGAUGAAAACUUUAAAACGUAAACGAGAUGAUGAUGAUGAAUUUAAAGAAUAUAAAAAACGACAAAAUAGAAAGGAUGUGAUUGAAAGUUUAGAAAAGUUGGUCGAUUUCUUACAAAAAAGGGAAAGGUAUCUAAUGGAAAGGGGUGCCAUUGAAGAAGCAAGAGAGGCUCAACGUGAACUCGAUCGAGCUUCUGGAGAAUUAACUAAAAAUUUGUAUGAAUCUCUUGGUCGAUAA